AUUGGAGACAGUGUUUCUACAAAGGACUGAGAGACAGCAAGUACAGAAUCAAAAACAAGAUGACAAUUCCAAACCAUAUGCUGGUUUUAAUCCAGGACCCUAGGUCUGAAAGGAGCCAACUGAAAAUAUUUAUUGGCACUUGUUUGGACUGAAGGCAAACCCGGAGUCCUGUAUGCCUCCUGGAAGUGUCCUCCCCCAGUGGCUAGAAACAAAACAGACAAAUACUGCAGGAAUGCACUGAAUGAAAUCACUGAGCACAUUAGGGAACAUAGAGUACACUGAAGAACAUGAAGCAAUAGUUAGAGAACUUGUUGCAAGAAUAGGAAUACUUCUGGGACAUUUCAAAACAGUAUUGUUCUUUCAAAAGAACUGUUUAGAACUAUAUGGGUUAUCAGUAGUGGUCUGUUAUGUUGUAAAUUCAGAAACCAUGCAUUUGGAUUAGAAUCAGGAUUCAGUUAGUAGUUGAGGUAAAAGAAAGACUUUUGAAUUCUGAACCUUCUAAACCUCUAGAAAUGCUCACAAGAUCAAAAGGAGGCGAUUUUAGGGAAGAUCAUAAUCCAAAGAGGUUUCCUCCUUUUGCAAGAGACUGGGAUAUGCAGAAAAUGGCAUGUUCUUUGCACAAAAGAGGUAGAAGGAGCAACAGUGAGAAAAGGAAUGCAGGCCUGGUCUGGACAUGUGGGGCAAGCUGUCUCCCCAGAUGUUUUCUAUUGCAAUUUGGGAAGUAUUUACCUUCUUGUCACCAGCUGGUGUACAGGUCCAGUCAGGGUUUGGUGCCUUCUUUAAAUGUGUCCCGUGGACCCAAGAGUCCAUUCCCUGGGAUUUGGCAGCACAAGGUUUGGUUAGCAGUAUGUGAUAAGGGCCUCUCAAGGGAGGUUGAAGAGAAUCUCUGUGGAGGUGUCUUUUCCAAUGGAGAGACUCUCCAGGUUGCAAGGUGUGAUGAUCAAGGGAGUAAGUUGUGUCACUCUCCGUGGAAUGAAGAUCAAGCCGGGUUCCAUCGGGAAAGGCAUCCCCUCCUUCGACGUCCAGGGCUCCUCCCCCCAUUUAUUCUCACCAGUGUCACACAAAUAGUCAGGUACUGUGUGGGUGGGGCCGGCGUGUUGGGGUGGCCCUGCAGGUUGGGAUCCACAGGCCUGUUGCUCCAGAUCAUUGACGACAAGGGCAACAGCCUGCCGUUCAACACUGAAGGCAACAUUGGCAUCAGGAUGAAGCCCACCAAGCCCAUUGGCCUCUUCAUGGGCUAUGAAGACAACCCAGUAAAGACAGCCAAAGUGGAGUGUGGGGACUUUUACAACUCUGGAGAUAGAGCAACUAUGGAUGAAGAGGGCUACAUCUGGUUCCUGGGGAGGAACGAUGACAUCAUCAAUGCCUCUGGCCACUCAGAAGCCAAGAAGGAGCCCGCAGGUACCGCGUCGGGCCCGCAGAGGUGGAGAAUGCCCUGGCCGAACACCCGGCUGUGGCUGAAUCAGCUCUGGUGAGCAGCCUGGACCCAAUUCGAAGGGAGGUGGUGAAGGCAUUUAUUGUCCUGACUCCGGAAUUCCUCUCCCAUGACCGGGACCAGCUCACCAAGGAGCUACAGCAGCAUGUGAAGUCAGUGCCAGCCCCGUGUAAGUACCCCAGGAAGGUGAGUGAGGGCAGAGGGAUGGGGCCUGGUCCCGUCCAGUGGGCCCUGGGCUCUGCUGCCCCAAAUCUCCUGGGGUGGCUGGGGUGGAGCUUACGUAGCCCAUGGAAUGAGCAUUUUUCUCUACUGAAGAAGCAUUCAACUUAGGGGUUUAGGGGAGAUCCAUCUUAAUCAUGGAAACCUCUAUCCUGUGUCAGAAAACAAAAAGGCUGACAAAAAACCUACAGAAAAAAAUCAGCCAAGAGCCUAGAAAUAUCCAAGAAGGAUAUUUGAAAUCUUUCACAAUUUGAAAAAGACAUUCGGGGCACCUGGGUGGCUCAGUCGUUAAGCGUCUGCCUUCGGCUCGGGUCACGAUCUCAGGGUCCUGGGAUCGAGCCCCUCAUCGGGCUCCCUGCUCGGCGGGAAGCCUGCUUCUCCCUCUCCCACUCCCCCUGCUUGUGUUCCCUCUCUCGUUGUGUCUCUCUCUGUCAAAUAAAUAAAAAGAAAAUCUUGAAAAAAAGAAAAAAAAAA